UUGAAACUGUACUUUCAAGUUUCAACACAAAUCGGAAUCAUAAAUCAUCAAGGUUAACAGGGAUUGGAUAAAGCAAGAACCUUUACGCUUUACCCAGCAACGAUAAUUCCAAAGUCAACCACUUUAUACGCACUCCCUUAUGAAAGACUCGCAGACGGAGUAGGAAGCAUACCUAUCCACAUCGGAGAAUGUCUGAGCAGCAGCAAGCAGUGUUCAUCGGCUCAAUCGAUCAGGGCACAACCAGCACCCGUUUCAUCAUCUACGACCGUUCCGCCCGACCCGUCGGAUCCCACCAGAUCGAGUUCACCCAGUUCUACCCUCAACCCGGAUGGGUGGAGCAUGAUCCGGUGGAGAUUCUCGAGAGUGUGAAGAUCUGUAUUGCUAAGGCCGUCGACAAGGCCACCGCAGAUGGCCACAACAUAGACGGCGGUCUCAAAGCCGUGGGUCUCACCAAUCAGAGAGAGACCACCGUGGUAUGGAACAAAUCCACCGGCCUUCCUCUCUACAAUGCCAUUGUUUGGAUGGACGCCCGUACUACUUCCAUUUGCAGGAAAUUGGAGAAAGAAUUACCUGGUGGGAGAACUCAUUUUGUUGAGACAUGUGGACUGCCGAUAAGCACCUAUUUCAGUGCCAUGAAGCUGUUGUGGCUGUUGGAGAAUGUCGAUGCUGUCAAGGAAUCCGUAAAGAAAGGGGAUGCCCUUUUUGGGACGGUCGACACUUGGAUAAUUUGGAAUAUGACUGGAGGAGUGGACAAAGGGCUCCACGUCACUGAUGUGUCCAAUGCAUCAAGAACCAUGUUAAUGAACCUCAAAACUCUUGAUUGGGACAAGCCAACACUCGAUCUGUUGGGAAUCCCUAGUGAGAUUUUGCCCAAAAUCGUUAGCAACUCCGAAAUCAUAGGGAACAUUGCCAAGGGAUGGCCAAUCACAGAUAUCCCAAUAUCGGGUUGCCUUGGGGACCAACAUGCUGCAAUGGUGGGCCAGGCUUGCCGAAGAGGUGAAGCAAAGAGCACGUACGGAACAGGUGCGUUCAUACUCCUUAACACAGGUGAGGAGGCGAUCAAGUCAAACCAUGGACUUUUAAGCACUUUGGCUUAUAAGCUGGGACCAAACGCUCCAGCAAAUUAUGCCUUGGAGGGCUCGAUUGCCAUAGCUGGAGCAGCUGUCCAGUGGCUUAGGGAUAGUCUGAAUAUAAUCAGCAGCGCUAGUGAGAUUGAGGAGUUGGCAUCAAAGGUUGAUUCGAGUGGGGGAGUUUAUUUCGUGCCGGCUUUUAAUGGGCUGUUUGCGCCAUGGUGGAGGGAUGAUGCUAGGGGAAUUUGUAUUGGGAUCACAAGGUUCACAAACAAGUCCCACAUUGCUAGAGCUGUUCUUGAGAGUAUGUGUUUUCAAGUUAGGGAUGUUUUAGAGUCAAUGCAUAAGGAUGCCGGGGAAAAAGGGGAGGUUAAAAAUGAUGCAGGAGAAUUCAUACUUAGGGUUGAUGGUGGCGCCACUGUUAACAAUCUUCUGAUGCAGAUACAGGCAGAUUUGCUAGGCAGACCAGUGGUGAGGCCAGCGGAUAUAGAGACGACAGCCCUUGGGGCUGCAUUAGCUGCCGGAUUAGCGAUUGGAGUCUGGACAGAAAGUGAAAUAUUUUCAUCCGGUGAGAGAAAGGAAAAAUCUGCCAUUUUCCAUCCAGUGAUUGGUGAUGAACUGAGGAAGAAGAAGGUUGAUUCUUGGUGCAAAGCUGUUACGAGAAGUUUUGAUUUGGCCGAUCUAUCAUUGUAAUUAAAAGUUCUCUAUUUUUUAACAUUCUUAUCUAUUUUACAGAAGUAAUAAAAUACUGCUGCUGCAUGUAUUUCCAGAAGCAAAAGAUACCUCUUGAUCCAUAAUUUGUUGUUAUAUAUUAAUCAAGGGGCAAGGGAAAUACAUGGAGCAGCCAUGGGUUAUAUAUUUACACAUUUAAAUAUCUAAUUUGAGAAGUACUGAUAGGGUGCUGAAAUAUCAGAGGCGCAAGAAACGAGGAACAAUCGUUGACUGAUUCUUCAUUUACUUAUUAAUUAUUGUUUAUUUGUUUAAAUGAAUCAGUUAGAGAAAUAAGUGGGGUUUGAUGUCAUGCAUCACUCCACUAGGUAGUUAUUAGAUCAUGGAUCACUAGGUACUUAUUGGAUCAUGGAUCACUAGGUAGUUAUUAGAUCAUGGAUGGAGUCAGUUUACGACAGUUAUUAGUCGGUUAUUAGUCAGUUGUAUUUCUUUCUCUAUAAAUAGCCUAGCCAUAUUCAAGCUAGGCAGGCAUGAAUGAAUAUUAUUUCCAAUUUCCAGAGAUUCUCUUGGCUUCUAUACCUUUCUUGAGUGAGAUUCUUACUUUGAGAGGGAAUAGGAGAGUUAUUUCUGAUAUUCCUGUUUUAAGUUUGUUUGAUAGCUUCUGGGAUCUAUCAAUUUGGUAUCAGAGCAGGUUUUUAUCCAUCCAUGGUGACCACACGCUCAUCAGCGGCAACCCGCAAUCUAGAGGAAAAUCCAUUUUCUGCUGAUCCUCUGGCCACCAUUGCAGCAAAACUGGAGACACUUGACGAGUUAAAGGAAAAAGUGAUAGCCUUGGAGAUUCAAGCCUCCAAAUCCAACCGAGGGAAAGGGAAGACGAGACAGUGGGGCGAUGAUACUGAAGAAGAAUCUGAUUCGCA